GGAAGUGCUCAAGAAUCUACGUAGGAGGUUAAGCGGUGUUCAUUUCAAACCAAUUGUAACGAUUACUUUAAAACUGCUAUUUCCUGUAAACAAUUAGAGUUGUAUUUUGAAAGUUUUAACAGGAACUUAUUGGUCUCUCAUCGUUUACUUCACUGUGUGUAUCGCACACACUUGUCAACUUUCCCGGACUAGCCCAAAACUCAGCUAGUUUUUGUGGUAUCCGUGAAAUAGCUAAUAACAUGGACACCAUACAUGAACAAAGGUAGUACUCAGGUCUGUCUAAAAGCCUCACUCUGAGUACCUCGUAACCAUGGAGAUCAAGUUUGGAGAGAGAUCAAAUGCAGGUGCCUACAUCCCCAGCACUCAGAGUGAAGCUGUGGCCAAUGAGCUACGAGAGUUGUCCCUGCAGACUGGCACCAACCUGCUGCCAGUCAGAGAGAGGAAGGAUGUUCUCCAGCUGAAGCUGCAACAGAGAAGGUCCAGAGUAGAGUUGAUCAACCAGGGGAUCAUGCCGCCUCUGAAAAGUUCAGCUGCCUUCCACGAACAGAGACGGAGUUUGGAACGAGCACGGACUGAGGACUAUCUCAAGAGGAAGAUCAGGAGUCGACCGGAGCGUUCCGAACUGAUCAGGAUGCACAUCCUGGAGGAGACCUCAGCAGAGCCGUCAAUUCAGGCAAAGCAGAUGCAGCUGAAGCGAGCUCGCCUUGCCGAUGAUUUGAACGAUAAGCUCUCCCACCGGCCGGGGCCCAUGGAGCUGAUCCACAAAAACAUCCUACCUCUUAACUGCAACAUUAAACAGGCCAUCAUAGAGACACAGUUUCCAAAGGCUUCAGGUGAGAACUCAUCAUGUGAUGAGGACAGCAUUUACAGUCUGUCUCCAGAGCAGCCGAUGGGCCAGGAGUCUCCUUUGGGUCUGCUUCCUCUGCCCUCCCCACCUGAGACCUUGGCUGGGAGCAGCAUCCCAUCUCCUAUACAGGUCUCUCACCCUGCUCCUGUUCUCCCACCAAUCUCUGGAUCCUCCACCUCAUUCAAGCUGACCAAUGGGACGGCGGCAUUAUGUGCCCAGAGGACAGGGGGGACCUCACAGAUCAAGUCCCAGCCUAAACCAAACUCUGACCGCUCUGCACAGAGACACAAGAAACCUAAGGACAACAAGCCAAAAAUUAAAAAGUUAAAGUACCAUCAGUACAUCCCUCCUGACCAGAAGGGAGAUAAAGAGCCUCCUCCCCAUCUGGACUCGUCUUAUGCCAAAAUCCUCCAGCAGCAGCAGCUCUUCUUGCAGCUCCAGAUCCUCAAUAAGCAACAGCAGCACUUUAACUACCACACCAUCCUGCCUGCACCACCCAAACAGAUUCAGACAGAUCAACAGCCAUCUUCCUCUUCCUCCUCCAAUUCCACGACUACUUCCUCCCCGCCUCGACCUGUUGCUGCCCCUUCAACAGCUCCCUCCAACCAGGGUGGUCAAAGCCGUCAGGGUUCUGCUGCUAUACGUCGGUCAAAACCAGAGUUUCUACCCUUAAACCUGGAUGAAAUGAAGGUUGCGGAGCUGAAGUCUGAGUUGAAGCUGCGCAGCUUGCCAGUCUCCGGCACCAAAAUCGACCUAAUUGAAAGGCUGAGGACCUACCAGGAGCUGAAUGGAGGCAGUGACACUACCUCGUCUCCAACAGCAGGGGGUGCCACAGGGCCAGGGGCUGAAGGAACAGCAAAAUCCUCCAAAAGUGCUGCAUCCAUCACCAACAACACAUCACAACAACAGCAAUGGUUUCAGUUUCAGUGCCAUCAGACAUCUUCUCGGACCGGUAGCACUGCAGCCACUACUCAGCAGCUCAUGACCUGUGGUAGCACCGUCUCCCCCCCAACUGCCUCGCCCGCCCCCUCUGACCGCCCGCCGGGCGCCAUGAACCCAGAAGAUCCCAGCUUUAAAAGCAACCCCUUGAUGGAAAUGAUGAGAUCACCUCUCACCAAGGCGAGCCUUCAGCCAUGUUCAGCUGCUCAGCUUCCAACCAAGAUUAAAGAAGAGCCAGAGUGUUCCAACCCGGCGCCUUGUCGAUUUUCUUUAAAGCCAACCUCACUGCAGAAACAUUGCCUGGUUUCAUCAGCAGCCCAUACCUCUACAGCCACAGCUCCAGUUGUGACUAUGGACAAAGACAGGUUGCUGCUGGAGAAAGACAAGCAGAUAGUGGAGUUGACCAGGAUGCUGAUGCAGAAACAGAGGCUGGUGGAGGUGCUGAGGAUGCAGCUGGAGCACAUGAACAAAGGAGGAGGACAAGAGCCACUGGUUCUUGUAAGAGUUAAACAAGAACCUCCUGAUAAGCCCAGUGUCCCUUCACCAGUAUCCGUUUCAUGCGAGAUGGAUGUCAGCAAGGUAACUAUCAAAGAGGAAGCCAUCGAGGCAGAUGGAGUGGCGUGUGAGACAACUAUGCAAUCAUCAGACACUCGUGGAUUACCGCAGCCAGAGCAAAGGAGCACACCGACAAAACAACAACAGCAACAUGCACGUCUGCAGCAAGCCACUCUGCAGCUGUCCAAGCAACAGGCCAUACAAAAACUUUUUCUACAGCAACAGCUAAAAAAUCAGAACCACAGUCAGAUGCUGGAGAACCUGCAGAAACUUUCUCAGCAGAGAAAAAGGAAAUCUCACAAACAGCAGCACAAACAACUACAGCAGCAGCAACUGUUGCAGUCACAACAGCAGCAACAAUCAAAACAACAUCACCAGCAGAUGCAGAUGAACCAACAGAUUCUACUGAAGCAACAAACGUCGGUUUUGCAACAGCAGACUGAACAACAGGUGCUAACACAGCAGAAACAACAGCCACAACAGAAGUCACUAAAGGUAUCUCAAGCGUCCUUCAACCAGCAGUCAGGCUCAGGCCCCACUUUCCAACAGGAUCUCCCCAAUAGCGACUCCACCCCGACUGUGGUCACCGAGAGCAGCGGCAACCACUUCCUGAUUGCACUGACCAGUCACAUCACUGAGAAGCAAAGAACUGAUGCACCUGGGAGCAAAGGAACCAAUAAAAUUGCACUGCAGCGAUUACAGUCCACUCCAGCCAAGCUCCCCGGCCACACCCCCAUUCAGCUGCCUGAAGCGGAUAAUCAGACCAAACAAAGUACGCAUGUGGGAUUUUUGAAACAAGAUGCAAAGCCACAGAACGGGAGACUUCAGGUAUCUGUAGAGCGGCCUCAGCAGGACAUUGCUCAGUGUUUGUCAGCACCUCCCAGUCUGCAGCCUUUCUUCAACGACCAGGAGACCGCUCCCUCCAGGAACCCCCCCGCAUCCCCUUUCUCUCAAACUGAGUUGUGCUCUCGUCUGGAUAUCUUGUUUAGUCCUCUGUCUCCAGCGGCCUCAUCGCCUAAUAACAAAGAUACAGAGCAUGACGAUGAUUUUAUUGACAUCAUUUUGCAGACAGGAGAUACAUCAACCUCCUUUAAACCAGUAUCAGACCCUUCUCUGGAUCAUCUAGAUCCACACUCUUCUCCCCCUCCCUCGCCGCUUCAGCUGUUGCUAUCGCCCCCCAUACCACCCAACUGUGACACCCCACAGUUGGCCUCCUCUAUGCAGUCUGAGCUUCAGGCUCUGGCCAACACCACAGAGGAAAAACAACACCUCGGUAGCACUGGGAGUGGACGCCUGGAAGACUUUCUGGAAAGCACUACCGGUAAGCCUCUCCUGGGGGUGGAGUCUGGAGGCCUGUUGUUGUUGAUUGAUGACCUCCACAGUCAAAUGCUGUGCGCCCCCAGCAUCCUGGACCAUCCUUCGUCUCCCAUGGAUACCUUUGGUAUGGCAGGGGAUGGGGAGCAAGUGCUAGACGGUAUGGACUGGUUGGACCUCACUAUGGGAGGAGAGAGGGGAGAGGAAACUUCCUCACUGGCCCCACUGUGCCCCCCAACACCCCAUAGUGUCUUUUCCAUGGACUUCCUGGACAGUCUUGACCUGCAGAUACACUUGGACUCCGUCCUAUAGCCUAUAGCAGUCAGGAAAACAAAUAUGAGGGCUCAGUCACACGCAUGCACAAAAACAAUGUUUUGCGGACGGGAACAUCUAAUGUUACAUGUAAUUGACUGAUGAGGCUCAGUAUCUGAUUAAAGCACUCCUUCUGUAUCUUCUCACACACUGGUGUAUGGAAUCUUCAUGCACUUUGACCUUUAUUUAUUUUAUUUACAAGCUGGUGAAUUGAUUUUUGUGAAUUCACGUAUUAGGCAGGUCCUACAUCUUUUUGUGCUGCUUUAGAAUCAGUUUUGCUGACCCAAAAGGGACUGCUGGGGAUUUGGACCCGAUAAAUGAUGAGAAAUAUUUAACUAAGCCAUGAACCCAUAGCUUACAAAGAAAUGAAUCUCAUCUUUUCUUGACACCGUGUUACAGUGAAAGGUUAGAUGUGUUUAUUUGACCUUUGUCUCAUUAGGAGUGCAAAUCCUCAGUUUCCUUUUGUAGUAAAGAUAAUCAAUAGUUUACCACCAUUACGGCUAAUCCAUAAGCAAAGUUUAGGUGAAAGAUGGGAGUAGAGAUAUCCACUCACAUAUCUCAGAUUCAUGGCCAUUAUUCCGAUAGAUGCAAUUUGAGGUGACACUCAGAAUCUUGUGCGUUUUUCAUUUCAACUCUUGGCAGUUAGUGUCCUCGCUUUAGACAUCAUGUUGGUUCUUGUAGGUUACAGCACUGGCAGUAUUACUACAGUUGGUAUUCUAAAGAAAACUUCAGAAAACUGGCAUUACAUGCAUACAUACAGCAGGCCCAGACUACUUCUUUCCUUUCAUUUAAAUUUUCUCAAAUGAUAGUCAAUUGGUAGAGAAGUACAUCUUGUUUUUAAAAUGUCUUGAUAGUUUCCUUGUGCCAGGUGUCUGAAUCUCAUAUCUGCCAGUACUGCCAAGGUUGCUACUCACUAAUUAAAAACGAGAGGUUUUUAAUUCUCAGUCAAACUCUUGACAUACAAUGUUAGAUUCAUGCAGAUAAUGAUAAUGAAAUAAUGGUCCAAUUUAUUUGGGACAAAGAGUUGACAUAAAAUUGCUCCUUAAUAUUUAUGCAUAUUCAGAACGUUUUGUGUUCAAUAAUAGCAUUGCACUUUGUCUACGUCACAUGUGAAGCUGAGUGUUUUAAUGUGUUAUUUGACAUAAUGGGACUUUAAUGUCUUUGGUUGGACUUCUUCUGAAUGUAAACAUGGGAGUAAUGGGUGGGCAUUAUUGAUGUAAGCUCUAAUCUAGGCUCACAAUGCGUCAUGUCUACAUACAAUAUGGUACCGACAUGUGUUUGUGGUAACUUUGGACUCUUUAGUCGUGAAAACUGCCAUACGGUUGUUUCACUCCCUUUACUUUUGAAGUUGUUAAUGCACGUUAAACACAACAUGAAGGGAAAAGGAAAGUCCUGCACAAAUGCCUUCUUCAUGAGGAUUUUUGUAAUAAUUUGGUUGUGGCUCUUAAUGGUGAUAUUUCACCAUUCCUGUACGGCCCUGUACUGUAUCAGUACUUUCUUUGUCAAUGGGGAUUUACUUAUGUCCCUUUUCUCUUUGAGAUUUAAACAGUGCCGUAAUAUACCAGUAUAGACACUGAAAAUGUAUUAUACUAUACGAUUUAUUUGUAUAGUUUUAAUCUGUGGAACACAGGUUUGUGUUUACUGUGACUAUUUCUGACUAAAUAGCUGUAUUGCGAAUCCAAACCUCUCCUGAGAAAAUCAUCGAAGACUUACUGAUAACAAACACAAGUUUAUUUCACAAAGCCUUUUGAAUGUAUCCUUUUACACUUUUAUGCAUUUUUCACAUAGACUGCAGAUAAAGAUGGACGGCGUGUCUCCACUUAUGUUUUUGCUUAAGUGAUGCCAAAAUCUCCCGUACACAGCCGCUGCCAUCUUGCAAUUUUGGAGCCCGAGUUGGCACAGUAGUGGUAGGACGGAGCCUUGGUAUCAAAGUCCCGCCCAUAAUGAGGCCCAACCAAUUGUGAGUCAAUCACAAUUGUCAAUCAUGAUGUUUUACCUUGUUUUUAUAGCAUCAAUUAACUUAUUAAAAUUACCUUUUCAGAAGACAGAUCACCUGAAUAAACAACGCAAUCAGAACUGCCUUACGUCAAACAAUCUUUGACGUGUAGUUUGUUUUCAUGUCCCAUCUGUGAAGAUGGAGGGGGCGGGGUUUAUGACCUAUACUGCAGCCAGCCACUAGGGGGCAAUCUAGAUGUUUUGGCUUCACUU